AUGAUUUCCGAUAAACAGGCUGGUCGACGACGUCGCGAAGAGAAUCGUCGAGCUGUUGAAGAUGCUGAAAAUGACCCUGAUCCUUGGAUAGUGCACUCUGAUCCUUGGGCUGAUUCCGAUUCAUGGGCUAUUGAGCCCGAUCGGUUAAUAACCCAGCUUGACAAAUCAUGGAUCACAGAAUCGCCAACACCUGGCGCAUCAACGCUUGCGACCUCAAGCAACCAAGGAUCUGUGAUGCAGCAUACAGACAUAACAGCAACAAAAACAAUAAACCUCUUGACUCUGGGUCUGGGUCGUGUCACAAAGCCCUUGGGCUCUAUCACAAACUCCACAGGCGCCGUCAUUCAGCCUGCCUCACUUCCGCCAAGACUUCAGGUCCUCUUGGACGAUUUAAUGUCGAAGUGUCACCCGGCAAGUACCCUUCUCUCCCACCGGUUCACCAUCCCAUAUGGUGGAACGGCGAAAAGGAUGAACACGACAGAAAAAUCGAUUCCACUAGGAGAGUUGGUCACCUUACCCACUCCCUCUCCAGGACUGUCAAAAAGGAAAGCCAUCGCCAUGGACUGCGAGAUGGUGACGCUUUCUGGUGGCCGCUCAGAACUCGCCUUUCUGACUGCUCUCGACUUCCUCACUGGUGAGAUCCUCAUCGACCACUACGUGCAGCCGAGGGGAGAAGUGGUCAACUGGAAUACCUCAUACAGCGGUGUGACUCGUCACGCAAUGGCUGAGGCCAUGCGCACGGGCAACGGACUUCAGUGGGAAGAGGCUAGAGAUCGGUUGCGCAGCAUCGCAGACUCUGACACCGUGCUCAUCGGGCACGCACUCCAAAAUGAUCUAAACGUCCUGCGCUUCAUUCACCUUCGCAUUGUCGACUCGUCGAUUCUCACCUGCGAUGCGGUGUUUCCAGAACUCCCUGCCGAAAAGCCCACCCCGAGAACCUGGAAUCUGAAGUUUCUGACUCAAGAGCUCCUUCAGUACUCCAUCCAAAAUAGCAAGUCAGGACACAGUUCCCUGGAGGACUCGAGGGCGACUCGGGACCUCGUGAUGUUAUUCCUCGAGGAUCCGCACAAGGUCCGGCAAUGGGGGAUCAAGACCCGACAAGCGUGGGACACGCUUCGGGCAGAAGAAGUGCGGGAGCAGGAGGAGGCGAAAAGAAGAAGACAAGAAGCGGUAGCGAAGUUGAAGGCGGAGUGA